AUGCUGGGACUAGGGGUUAAGAACAAUUCUGUGCUUAGACGACAAGGUACGAGGUAUGUCCAUCAAAUACUGAAACAUCAAAACAAAGGAAACAGAAACGCUUUGAAAGCGAUCACACUUGGAUCACAUAACAGACUAGCAAGAACAUGCAAUGUCCAAUUGUCCAAGAGGUUUUCCACUACACGGGCCACAAGCGCAUCCGAAGAAGUAGCAUUUAAAAACUUAUCCCAGGAGCAAAGAGACAUUUUGACUCAGGAAAGAGCUGUUGAUAACGUGGACGUAUGCAUCGUAGGCGGUGGGCCAUCAGGUUUAGCCACCGCUAUAAAAUUGAAGCAACUUGAUAAUGAACAUGGCAGCGGUAACUUACGCGUGGUUGUACUAGAGAAAGCUAGUGAUAUGGGACUACAUAUUGUAUCCGGUGCAAUCCUGGAACCUAAAGUAUGGAGAGAAUUAUUCCCAGAAAGUGAAUUUUACAAUGAGGAUGGCUCUGGUAUACCAUUACCACCUGAUAUCGCAACUCCAGUAACAAAAGGCCAAUUGAAAUAUUUAUUGAAUGGAAGUAUCGGUCUUCCAAUGCCCGAACCACCUGCCAUGGUCAAUGAAGGUAAUUACAUUGUGUCCCUUAACCGUGUUGUCAGUUAUCUAGCUGAGAAAGCAGAAGAGAUUGGUGUCGAAAUAUAUCCUGGAAUUUCUGUAUCGGAAGUCAUAUACGAUGACUCAGGUAACAAUGUCAUUGGUGUAGCUUCAAAGGAUUUAGGUAUCUCUAAAAGAGGUUUACCAAAGGAUACUUUUGAGAGAGGUAUGGAAUUCCACGCUAGAACAACUGUGUUUGCUGAAGGUUGUCGUGGCUCCUUGACAGGAGAGGUUAUAGAUAAAUAUAAUUUGAGACAUGGCAGAGAAAAUCAGACAUAUGGUCUUGGUAUCAAAGAAGUAUGGGAAGUGUCUUCGGAGAAAUUUCAAAAAGGAUUUGCUUCGCACACGAUGGGAUAUCCAUUAUCUAACAGCGUCUACGGUGGUGGAUUUAUGUAUCAUUUUGGGGACGGACUGGUAGCUGUGGGCCUAGUUGUCGGCCUGGAUUACAAAAAUCCAUAUGUUUCCCCAUACAAGGAAUUUCAAAAGAUGAAGCAUCACCCUUUUUAUGCGAAUGUUCUUGAAGGAGGCAAGUGUAUAUCUUACGCUGCCAGGGCUUUAAAUGAAGGUGGUCUACAGGCUAUACCAAAACUACAUUUCCCAGGUGGUGUUCUAGUAGGUGCUUCUGCCGGAUUUAUGAAUGUUCCUAAAAUUAAGGGAACUCAUACCGCUAUGAAAUCUGGUUUACUUGCUGCUGAGAGUAUAUUUCAAUCUCUCAAAGAUAGAACACCUAUUGAAGAGGUCGAAAGUCUGGCUGAUGAAGAAGUUGUUGAUUUAGUCGACUACGAAAAGGCUGUAAAGUCCUCAUGGAUUACUGAGGAAUUGAGCAUCGUGAGGAACAUUAGACCUUCCUUUACCUCAAAACUCGGGGGCCUUGGUGGUAUGAUGUACUCAGGUCUUGAUUCAUAUAUUUUAAGAGGGCAUGUUCCUUGGACUUUUAAAUUCCACAAAUCAGAUGCUAGCGUUACUGGCGAUGCGAGAGACUACAAACCUAUCAACUACCCUAAACCGGAUGGCAAGUUAUCAUUUGAUAUAAUGACCUCUGUCUCGAGAACUGGUACAUAUCAUGAUGAAGAUGAAAGAAGCCAUCUACGUGUUCCAAAUCAAGAUCUAACAGCUUACGCUACCAAGUCUUAUCCAAAAUUCAAAGGUGUAGAGGAAAGAUUCUGCCCCGCAGGUGUAUACGAGUUUAUCGAAGACCCUUCUUCUCCUAUUGGUGUGAAAUUUAAAAUUAACUCUCAAAAUUGUAUUCAUUGUAAGACAUGUGAUAUUAAAUCACCAAUUGAGGAAAUUAAGUGGGUUGUUCCCGAGGGUGGUGAUGGCCCCAAAUACACUUUGUCAUGA